AUGACGACCCUGCUCACUGUUCCCGCCGAGCUCGUGCCCCGGUUACACAGCGGGAUCGCAGCGAGUGCCUUCGCGGUAGCUCUCUUUGCCGGGUACGCGAGCGGGAUCUGGAAGGACCUCUGCACCAAUGCUGUCGCAGCUUGGCCAAUAGAGUGGUUCCCAUCAGUAUCGGCAACCAUCGGCGAUCAUCCAGCAUCAAGAAGCCCAUUUCACAUACUCAUAGCGCUAUGCGCGACUCCGAGGUUCCUGCUCUUGGGUCUACAGUGGCUCUCACAUCGCUCAAAGACUACUGGACGGACUGCAGACCUGGAGCUGGCCGUUGGCAUGGCAAGAACAUUCAGCUGUGGAGGCUGGGUCUACAUCACCUCUCGGGAUAGCCAUACUCUGCAUGACCUGUUCAUGAUCAUCUACCUCCUCCUGACCUUGCCCUGGAUGCUGCUAGCGACUUCGGCCUCGUUGAAGCCCCAAACCCGCAGACGGAGGCAAUGGAUGAUGUAUGCCUUCGUGGGGACGCUGCCAUUCUUGAUCUGGCAGUACUACCGUCAUUCAGUCCUCCGCAUACCAGGCUCCUACACGACGUAUGCCUUCUUCGAGUGGUCUUUGGUCGUUUGGGACAUCGCCUUCGACUCGCUGGCCGUUGACGAUCUAAGCAAUCUCAAGGUAAGUCUCUCGCUAGCUUCCGCUGAUGCAGAUUCUAUACCGACCACACCACAAGAAGUCGACUGGACAACCGAUGAGAUCACGACUGGUCUCCAAGCUGUCGCUGCGUACCUCAGCGAUGUCGUCUUUGCUCUCGCCGGUUCUGAGCUUGCUCUUCUAGCAAACCUCUCCCCGAUCUUACUAGCGAACCGAAACAUUCGAAUAUGGACGCAAUCGCGGUCCGGCCUCAUCUGGCUUCGAAGCUCGACAGCCAUAUUCGGUCUCGGGUGCUACGCUGCGCCCUUACCGAUACUGCGCCUGGUGGGCGUGGUGAUCGGAACAGGAACGGGAUGGCUGGCGGUCUUGAGUCCUCUCAUGAGGAUCAAGGGUGGUCGCGAGGCGAGAGCGGAGGCACAAGGCAUCUCAGUCCUGCUCGUUGCUCUCGCCGCUGCGACUCUUCUCAAGCACGUCAAUUCAUCUAUCAAUCCUUUCUGGGCGUCCGCAGAUGCCGCCUCGGGCGGAUGGAAUAAGACUGGCCUAGUCAUCGUCGCUCUCUCCAUCGUUGAGCUAUCGAAUCGCUCUUUCGGCCUUUUCCCCGGAGCUCCUUCCGCGGUCAAGGACAAGGCCAUACCUACCCAACCAGCCAGUAUCGCAGUCGCCGCGGGCUUCGGAGCGCUCGUACACCUCAUCCACACCCUCGCUACCGACGCAGGCACAAUCAUCGCCUGGACAUGGACAGGCUACCCCAUCAAAGGUCCCACUCUCCACCCCUUCGGCGGCGCUGUCCUCGCUACCAUCGCCUUCUCCUCCAUCCUGUCGAUCGACGGCCGUCUAGCAGCCGGCCUGGCCGCUCUCGGAUCUGUCGGUCUGUAUGCGUUCCCCAAUUGGUCCGGGUUUUCCUCCGGUCUGAUUGCCAUUGUCGGCCUCAUCUCUUCUCUUCCAGGGUACCUACAAACGGUCUCGGGCCUUCCUCCAGCGCAUACACUCGGCUGGGCGAUGGCGAUAUACGGCCUCCUCGAUGUCAUUUCGGUCGUUACCGUCGCCUAUGCCUUUGUCCCACUCGGCAAUCUCGUUCGAGAACGGACCGACCUCGUUCUCGGCGUAUCCUGCCUUCUUAUCGCCGCUGGAACGAGAUGCGCUCGGCCCGUACCUGUCUCAGAUCGAGCAGAGAGGCGGAUCAGGAGGACCAACCGGUACUCGACCUAUUCGGUCAUUCUCCUCGCUGCCGUGUCUGUGGCGCACGGGUGCUGGAAGAUGCCGCGGACACAGCCGGUACCUUACUCGAAACAUCGCAUCUUCAGCGGCGGUAUCUGGACUGUCCACUUUGGCGUUGAUGCUGCGGGAAGAGACAGCCAGUACCGCAUGAUGGAGCUGAUCAGGGAUAUGGAGGUGGACGUGGUGGGACUGUUGGAGUCAGAUCUCCAUCGUAUGGUAUACGGGAACAGGGAUCUGACGCGAACUAUCGCGGAAGAGCUAGGCUAUUACGUCGAUCUUGGUCCGGGUCCAAAUCAUCAUACAUGGGGUGCUGCACUGCUUUCCAAGUUCCCAAUCAUCAACUCUACCCACCACCUCCUUCCAUCCCCUCGUGGCGAGCUGGCUCCCGCUAUUCACGCCACUGUGGAUGUUCAUGGCGAGAAGGUCAACGUCGUCGUCUCACAUAACGGUCAAGCAGAGGAAGACCCGCUCGAUCGAGAGCUGCAGACCACCGAGCUCGCCCGGCUGCUCCGUGAGACUGCCGAUACACCUACGAUCUUCCUCGGAUACCUGGUGACCGAACCUGGCGAGAAGCGACCAGCGCCAUAUCAGAUCUUGAUGGAGGACGGGCUGAUGAAUGAUAUCGAAAAGGCUGAUCGCUCGCGGUGGUGCGAGUACAUCGCUUUCCGGGGUCUUUGGCGGAUAGGGUAUGCUAGGGUCCAUGAGAGCGAUAUAACCGAUACGGAGCUGCAGGUCGGCAAGUUCCUCUUACCGUCACCGGGCACGAAGGCGGUCUAUGCGAAUGAUGAGGAGAUGUACUGGCACAUUGGGGAGACUGAUAUACCCGAUCCAUGGAAGAUGCCUGCAAUGUUCCGGGAUGAAGGAGUCAGGGGUCAUCAUUACAUCGUCUGGAUUGGGCCAGUAUACUACAUGCCGCCCGAGCAUAGCGGAUUACAGCUCUACGGUCGCUAG